CGAUACAUCGAAAUCUGGCUGUAUCAUCAGCCGUCGGUUUGGCCGGAUCCGUCUUGGAAACCACCCGAAAGCCAAAAACCUCGCUUCUGUCCGACACCCCUCAUAGAAGUCGGCGAUGAAUCUAACCCCGAGGCGCCGGUCUCAGAAGGAAAGAUGCUUACCAACAAAGAUGAGCCGGAAUCAGCCAUGUAAGCCGCUGUUGUGAAACAGAGCGCUGUUAUAAACCCAAGUCAUCGCUCCGGCGAACGCAUUAGCUAUCCAAACCCCCGUCCUGUAACGAAUCGAAUUCAUCUAUCAGGUCCCACCAUGUCGAGGACCAAUUUUCCGCUCGCCGGUGACGCCGUAGACGGCUGGUCCAACACCGAAGAAGCCACGGCGACCUGUUUCUGCGGCGCGGUGCAACUAUCCUUCCCGAUCAAAGGGCCCGGGCUGAUCAUGACGUUCGCGUGCCACUGCGCCGACUGCCACAAGGUGUGCCAGAUGGCGGCGGCGAAUUUCAUCGUGGGCGACGACUCCGUCAAGUACCUGCGCGGGCGCGCGGACCUGGCGACGUUCACGACGGGCCGGACGACGACGACGGGGAACGACAUGACCAAUUACUUCUGCCGCGCCUGCGGCACGCUGAUGAACCGCGUCAGCUCGGGGCUCCCGGGCAGGAGCAUCCUGCGGACGGGCACGGUCGACGACUUCGAACUGCAGAACACCGUCUUGAGGCCCCGGCACGAGAUCUUCACGGCGGACCGCGCGAGCUGGCUUGCGGCCAUCGAGGGCGCGGAGCAGCAUGAGGGCCGACCCGAUUGGGGGAGCAAACUGUGA